UGUAUAUACAUAAAAGAACAGCUGUCAAGUGUUUCAAUAUCAAAAAAAUAUUCUGUUUGGAUCUAUAUUCGUUGAUUUCUGUGUAAAACUGUUAUCUAUUAUAACAGAUAAGAUGUCUCUGAGUACAGAUAUAUCAACGGCUUUGCACUUGUUGGAACAUGUUCAGGAGCGAGUGGAGGAUUGUGAUGACCCAAAGAUACAGAUGCAUACUAGCCAGGAUUUAAAAGCCUUGAUAUCGUUGCUGGAAGAUCCUGUUUUCCGCAGUAUUGUAACUAUUCAAGACUCAUUGACUGAGCUAAAUACACAGCUUGGUCAGCAUCCCUCAAUUUUACCUGGUGACUUUGAUAUUAAUCUUGGUGGACAUUUGGAACUUUCUGUACCAAAUACACCUGCACAGCCAUUGGGUCCAAAUUCAUACCAGGAUAUUUAUCAAGACAGCAGUGAACUAGAUGAUCAAAGAGUUCCUGUAGCGCAACUGGUUCAUAGCAGUAGCGAGGAUACUAGUGCACAAGUUACUAGUCCCAGCUUGGUAUCGGAAGAUAUGGGUAUGCCCCCCAUAACUACACCAACAUAUGCCAAGGAGUUUCAGAAAGUCAUUGAAGCUGCUGCAAAGGGUCGCCAGAUUUACACUGUGCAGUUAUACAAACCGGAGGGCACUAGUCUAGGAUUCAGUGUUGUCGGAUUACGCAGCAAGGAUAAGGGCGAACUUGGCAUCUUUCUGCAGGAGAUUCAACCUAAUGGAAUUGCUGGGUGGGGGACUUCAGUGAGACGUAAAAUUGAUGCAAAGCCUUGACUGAUACUUAAUCGAAAGGAGAAUUAUUUCAUCGAGACCAAAGAGAUGAGUGCGAGACUGUUCUGAGAUCUCUUUGAUAUUUUAACAUUUUCAAUCGUGAAAUAUAAAUUGGAGCAACAAUAUGAUAAUUAAUUAAACCCAUUUAUUGACUCCGAGAGUUAUUUUUCCUGAAUGUAUUAUUUGAAAAUCUUAAACCAUUCGCAAUGGCGAUCAUCCCACCACAUAUAACGAAUUUCAAGGUUGAACUUCACUGCAUGUCAGCCAUA